AUGGGGUCUUAUUCCACGGACGAUAAUGAUGAUUCGUUCCUAUAUUACGAAGAAACUGCUACAGCCGAUACCACAUCCCCAAAUGCAACUACUAUUAUCACUGAAGAAGCUAAACCUAACAAAAGUGAUGUUACUACUGAUGCUUAUCAUCGGGCAAUAGAGUAUAUUAGAGCACGUCCUCCUAGUGAAGAAUUACCACCCUAUAAAGAAAUACAGGAUAAAAAGGGUUAUUCUGCUUGGCAAUUUGAAAAAGGAGGACAUAGUUUAGUUAAAUCUGAAGGAAAAUGGAUAGAAUUCUUUUUUAAGAGUACUGAAAAAAAUGUAGAAUCUAUGAUACAAACCAAUUAUCCAUUUUUGAUGAGUGGAGAGUUGGGAUUUGAAGAUGUGAUGAAUUAUUUUGAAGUUACCGUAAAGUCUAUGUCGAGUCAAGUAAACACUAUAUCAGUCGGUUUGACCACAAAACCUUAUCCAUACUUCAGUCAUCGAUGGGGUAAAGGCGAUACAAUUGGAUGUGGAUAUAGACCUGACGAUGGUGAAGUAUUUUUCACAAAAAAUGGAAAAUUCUUAGGUGUAGCAUUCAAUGGCAAUGAUGUAAAGCACACUUGGUAUCCAUCUAUUGGUACUGAUGGAUCUUGCGAAUUGGAGGUUAAUUUUGGGGAUUCUGAGUUUAAAUAUAAAGCUGCUAAAGGAUUUGGUCCUGGUAAUCCUUUACAUAUACAGCAUGUACAAAUGAUGUGA